ACGGGCAGCGCGGGGGAGGCACGGGCAGAGCGCGAUUUAAGGAGUCGUGCCGGGCAGAGGGAGUCUCGGCUCCGAGAGUCCCCGCCGCUGCCGCCAUGCCCGUUAAAGGAGGCACCAAGUGCAUCAAGUACCUGCUCUUUGGCUUCAACUUCAUCUUCUGGCUUGCAGGGACAGCAGUUCUUGCAAUUGGACUAUGGCUUCGGUUUGAUUCGCAGACCAAAGGAGUCUUUGAACUGGAAUCCAACAACAAUACAUUUUACACAGGAGUUUACAUCCUUAUUGGAGCUGGUGCGCUUAUGAUGCUGGUUGGAUUCUUGGGAUGCUGUGGUGCAUUGCAGGAAUCUCAAUGUAUGCUUGGUCUGUUCUUCGUAUUCCUUUUUGUGAUUUUUGCCCUUGAAAUCGCUGCUGCGGUCUGGGGAUUUACAAAUAGAGAAAAGGUUACUGAAGAGUUAAAGGACUUCUACCGGGAAACCUAUGCAAAGAGAUAUCAAUCAGGUGCCAGAGAGACCCUGAAAGCAUUUCAGUUAGCUCUAGACUGCUGUGGUCUUACAGGAGUUCUUGAGCAGCAGUUCAUGGACACCUGUCCAAAGAAGUCGGUGAUGGAGUCACUUUCUGCAGUGUCAUGCCCUGCUGCCAUUGAAAAUGUCUUCAAUUCGAAACUGAAUGUGAUUGGAGCAGUUGGCCUUGGCAUUGCUGUAAUAAUGAUUUUCGGCAUGAUAUUCAGUAUGGUUCUCUGCUGUGCUAUCCGCAGAAACAGAGAAAUGGUCUAAGAGCCAAAAACUCAAGAGUGCUGCACUAUAAAAUCUUUGUCAUUAACUUUAGCGUUCUGAAAGCAUUUCUAAAAAGUUAUAUAUUUGUUACCUUUUUAAUGCUUCACUUGGUACUGAUGUAGGUUUGCUUUGUAUGUUACAGGUUAAAAUUAUAAAGAUAUUUUAUGUACCAUAUUUGUCUCUAGUCAGAUAUAUCUGGCUUUCUUGAAACUUAUGUAAUUUGGAUGUAAUUUAUGUUGGAGACAAUUUGAUACUUAAUAAAAGUAAGAUGUAUUGUA